AGACAUCAGACUGGAUUUAUUCUGCGUAAAAUAAAAUCAGUUCUUCGUUUUAUUUUAUUUUAUUUUAUUUAAACUUUAGACCAACAGCUAGAAAAUCAUUUAUUUUUAUUGUUCUGAGAGUCUGUUCAGUUUGUCCUCAGUCUGCUGUGUUGGACUCAGACUGGGACGGGUCAGAAUCAGAACCGAGCCGCUGCAGCUGAGUUAAAUCCCUCAGGGACUCAGGAGGACCAGGAGGACCAGGAGGACUCAGGAGGACCAGGAAGGAGCGAGUUUUAUUGUGGGUCAGGACUGGAAGAGGUUCUGGUCCUUCUAGGUUUUUUUUUUUUUCUGACAGAGUCGGACUCAUGAGAUCCAGAACCAGGAGACCAGGUCCGGGUUCAGAUGGCUGAUGUGGAACUGAGAGACACCGGAGGGAGGGACUCUUCAGGACCACGGACAGAGAACUGGACUCCGGCCCGGACUGAGACCCGGGAGGAUCAGGUGGUGGAGGGUCCAGGACCAGGGACCAGGUCUGAGUCUUUCACGGAGACAGAAACCUGCUUCAGACACGGUGCUGAGGACCAGGUGGGCUCAGGACCACCCACCUGUCCUCAGUCCUCCUCAGSGGACCUGUUUGAGGACGAGGACGACCCGGAAGUGGACGAGCUGUCCUCGGCCCGGUCCUGGAGGUCUGUGGACUACAGCCUGGUCCUGGCCGGGUCCUGCUUGUUGACAGGUGUCUCUCUGGUCCUCAUCACGUACACGCUCCCCCGCCACGUGCGCGUGGACCCGGACAGCGUGUCCGCGCGGGAGAUGGAGCGGCUGCAGCGGGAGCGCGCCCGCGUGGGGGUCCACCUGGACCGGUGCGUCAUGGCGGGUCUGAGCCUGCUGACCCUGGGGGGUCUCCUGCUGUCCACCCUGCUCAUGUCCUCCAUGUGGACCAGGUUCUACGGGUCCACCAGUCUGAGGACCAGUCCGUCCCAGGAGGCCGGAUCACACGUGUCCACGGAGGAGGACCUGGAGGUCUUCAGAACUGAUGGACAGGACCAGGACUGAACAGAACCAGGACUGAACUGGACCAGGACUAAACUGGACCAGGACUGAACUGGACCAGGACUAAACUGGACCAGGACUGAACUGGACCAGGACUGAAGAGGACCAGGACUGAACUGGACCUGGACUAAACUGGACCAGGACUAAACUGGACCAGGACUGAACUGGACCAGGACUAAACUGGACCAGGACUGAACUGGACCAGGACUGAAGAGGACCAGGACUGAACUGGACCUGGACUAAACUGGACCAGGACUAAACUGGACCAGGACUGAACUGGACCAGGACUAAACUGGACCAGGACUAAACUGGACCAGGACUGAACUGGACCAGGACUGAACUGGACCAGUAUAAAUUAAGUUUCAGUUUCAGCUUUGCUGCUGAACUCUGUCAUUUAUUUAGUUAUUAAAGAAUUAAAUAAACAAACUAAUUAAUUAAUUCAUGUGGGUCCAGGGUCUGGGUGUGGAUCAGUUCUCUGUGGACCAGGAAUCAUCAGACUGAAUAAAAACCCGACCAGAACCAGAACCAGAACCCUGACAGUCUCACAUUAAGUUAUUUAUAAUAAUCCCCUGAGUGUUGCUUAGCAACAGGAGGCAGAGAGGAAACCUUCAUCAUCAUCAUCAUCAUCAUCAUCAUCAUCAUCUGUCACUGAUCCAGACCCAGAACCACCACAGAACCGGGUUUUGGACCUGUUUCUGGUCUCAGGUUUCAAUGAACUCUUCCUCCACAUGAUUUAAAGUCUCCAGAUGUUCUGAUCCGGUUCUGAUCCGGGUCUGAUCUGGUUCUGAUCCGGGUCUGACCUGGUUCUGAUCCGGGUCUCUUACAGGAUUUAUUUUUCCAUCUCAAACCUUCUGUCUUCAUGUCCAACCUGUUGAGACGUGACGACAGGUUCUGAUGAGUUCAUACAUCUUUAGACUGUGACUCAUCAGAACCACAGGACCAGAACCAGAACCAGACCCAGUACCCAGCAGCAGCUCCUGUCAGUCUGAGUGGACCACGAAGGGUUCUGGAGCCAAACUGGGUCCAACAUUUUCAUCAAACACAAACCAAAGAUUCACCAUCAGGAUGAUGUUUGUUUCUGAAAACAAACAAACAAACAAACAAACAAACAAACAAACAAACAAACAAACAAACAAACAAACAAACAGAUUUGUCAAAACAUGUCAGGAUUUUUUUCUUUUCCACUCUGGAUUCAGUUUCUUCUGCAGGAAGGUUCUGGUCUGGUUCUGGUUUUCAGAUCUUCAUCAACACAAAGUUUAUUUCUCUUCUUCACAURAAGUUAAAAUCUUACCUGAUGGAAUCUGUUGUUUUAAUCCCAACAUGUUUGUUUUUCACUGUUUUAUUUUUACUUUUUUAAAAGGAUCACAGUUUGUGACUCAGACACUUUAAACUCUGA